AAAUUCUCCGCUUACUGGAAAAAAAAUAAUAUGGCGACUAUCCGGUGAAAAGCAAAAAAAAACAUCACGUUUCUGUUUAUUCUUGAUUUAUAAAAUGAAAAAUAAAUUUAAUUUGUCAAUAAACUAUAUACAAUUGUACUUUAAUAAUCGACAAAAAUGAACGUGAAUCUGUGAUAUAUUCUGAAAAUUGUGAAGAUUAAGAGACAGUUUUUAAGAAAAAUAUCGAUAAAAAAAAUAAAAAGGACAGCAAAAAAAAAAAAAAAACAAAAUGUUUUCCAAACUAUUACUUGCAAACAAAUCAUGGACACGACUUCGUGAUAUCACAAAAUGUGGAAAAUUAUACAGUUCACAAUCAUCAUUGGGAUUGCGUGUUGAGACAAAAAAAUUUAAUAACGCCACAAAAUAUGAAGUUGGCAAUAUUAUUGAGGGAUUUAAAGUAAUGCAAUGCUCAAUGGUUGAUGAAAUGUUUUUACGUGCAAUUAAACUUAAACAUUUAACAAGUGGUUCAGAAUAUUUACAUUUAGAACGUGACGAUAGUAAUAAUGUAUUUUCCACUGGUUUUCGUACAACACCAUUAAAUUCCACUGGUUUACCACAUAUUCUUGAACACACUGUAUUAUGUGGUAGUCCAAAAUAUCCAUGUCGUGAUCCAUUUUUUAAAAUGUUACGACGCUCAUUGGCAACAUUUAUGAAUGCAAUGACAGCGCCUGAUUAUACAUUUUAUCCAUUUUCAACGCAAAAUUCAAAGGAUUAUCGUAAUUUAAUGUCUGUUUAUCUUGAUUUGGUUUUUAAUCCAAAUUUACGUUAUUUAGAUUUCUUACAAGAAGGUUAUCGUUUGGAACACACAGACGUGAACGAUCCAAAAUCACCGAUAAUUUUUAAAGGCGUUGUUUUCAAUGAAAUGAAAGGUGUAUUUGUUGAGAAUCAAAAUUUAUUUGCCAUUAAAUUUAUAAAUUCAAUUCUACCAAGUCAUACAUAUGGUGUAAUUGCCGGUGGUGAUCCACUUGAUAUUGUUAAACUCACACACAAGGAUUUAGUUGAUUUUCAUUCUUAUCAUUAUCAUCCAUCAAAUGCACGUUUUUAUUCAUAUGGAAAUUUUCCAUUGGAGGAUCAUUUAAAAUUUUUAAAUCGUGAAUAUUUAUCAACAACAAAAUCAAUUGAUUCAAGUGUAACGCAAGUACCAUCAGAAAAACGUUGGAAUACACCAAGAAAGGAACACAUUUAUGGUAGAUUUGAUCCAAUGAUAUCGGAUCCAGAACGACAAAAUUCCAUGGCAAUUGGUUUAUUAUGCAAUGAUAUUAAUGAUUUACGUACAACAUUUGAUUUACAUGUUUUAUCACAAUUAUUAUUAAGAGGACCAAAUUCUGCAUUUUACAAGAGUUUAGUUGAUUCUAAUAUUGGAACUGGUUUUAGUCCUGUGACUGGUUUCGAUUCACAAUUAAAAGAUACGCUUUUCAUUGUUGGAUUGCAGGGCAUGAGAGUUGAAGAUUUUUCACGAAUGGAAAAAGCCUAUGAGGAGACAAUAAAAAAAGUAAUGAACGAAGGUUUUGAAAAAGAUCACGUCGCAUCUAUUCUUCAUGGUAUUGAAUUACAUGUAAAACAUCAGACAUCAAAUUUUGGAAUGAAUUUACUUUUUAAUAUAAUGCCCCUAUGGAAUCAUGAUGGUGAUAUUAUUCAAUCAUUACGUAUUAAUGAUGCUCUUGAAUCAUUUAAAAUUAAUAUCAAUGAAAAUCCAAGAUAUUUACAAGAAUUGGUGGAAAAAUAUUUUUGGCAAAAUAAACAUCGUUUAACAUUAACAAUGUCACCAAAUGAAAAAUAUAGUGAAGAAUUGUUGAAUGCUGAAAAUCAAAUACUUAAGGAAAAAAUUGAAAAAUUAACAACUGAUGAGAGAAAAGAGAUUUAUUUAAAUGGACAACAAUUACUUGAGGAUCAAACAAAAUCGGAGAAUAUUGAAACAUUACCAACGUUAAAGAUUGAGGAUUUGAAAAAAGAUGUAGAGAGGUACAAUGUUGAAGAUUUAAAAUUGAAUGGAGUUCCAGUUCAAUUAUCAUUACAGCCAACAAAUGAAGUUUGCUAUUUUCGCGGUAUUCUUAGUACACAAAAAUUAUCAUUGGAUUUAAAGAAUCUUUUACCAAUUUUUAAUAAUGUUGUGACAAAAAUGGGUACCCAAAAUUAUGACUACAGGACAUUUGAUAAAAUGAUUCAAUUAAAAACAUCGGGUCUUGGUUUUACGAAUCAUAUAGCUGAACAACGAAAUAAUGUCACGAGUUAUGAGGAGGGAAUUCUCAUUGAAUCCUAUUGUUUGCAACAGAAUUCAAAAGAAAUGUGGCAAUAUUGGGAGGAAUUAUUCAAUCGAGUAAAACUCACUGAUCUCAAACGUUUUGAGACAUUGGUGAAAAUGAGCGCUACUGAUUUAACAAAUGGAAUUGCUGAUGCUGGUCAUCAUUAUGCUUUGAGUAGUGCUGGAAGUUUGGUGAGUCCAGUGCGUAAAAUGAAGGAGAAUCUUUCUGGUUUGGAGUAUAUUACGCGAAUGAAAAAAAUUGCACAACUCACGGAUAUGUCAUCAAUUCUUGAACAAAUACAAAUUAUUGGAAGGGAAAUUUUUAAUAAAUCUUGUUUCAGAUCAGCUGUUAAUAUUUCACCGGAGAAUAAGGAGGAAAUAAUGAAAAAUCUUAAUAAAUUCUAUCAAUCACUUAAUGGUGAACCUGUGAAUAAUCCAAUUUUAUCAUUAGAAUUAACAUCAAUGAAUAAUGAAAUAGGAAUUCAUCAUUUAGUACCGUAUACAAUUAAUUUUGCCUCCAAGGCAAUAUUAACAGUACCCUAUACUGAUUCUGAUUCUUCUGUUCUUAGUGUAUUGGCAAAAUUACUUACAAAUGUUUAUCUUCAUUUUGAAGUUAGAGAAAAAGGCGGUGCCUAUGGUGGUGGUGCAAAAUUAUCAUCAGAUGGUAUUUUUGCCUUUUAUUCAUAUCGUGAUCCAAAUUCAAUAAAAACAUUUGAAAUUUUUGAUAACGCUUAUGAAUUUAUAAAGAAUUAUUCACUUAACGAGAGAGAUUUAUUGGAGGCAAAAUUGGGAUUAUUUCAAGAUAUUGAUUCACCAAUACCACCGAGUAAUAGGGGUUUAAUUAAAUUUCUCUAUGGUAUUACGGACAAUGAUAUACAAAUGAGACGUGAGAGAAUAAAAGCAGUGACAAUUGAUGAUAUAAUGAGAGUAACGGAAAAAUAUUUAAAACCAAAGACAAAAAAUGUGAAAGUUGGACGAUCAUUGAUUGGUCCAAAGAAUGAGGAUUUACAAAAAAGAGACGGUGAAACGUGGAUUGUUUCAAAUGAAAAUGAGAAUUAAAAAAAAAAAAAAAAAAAACUGAAGAUGUUUUUUCAAUUUUAUGAUGUAUAUUUAGUUAAUAAAGAAAUUUUUUUUAA